UUGAAGCGUAAAAGUGAAAUUGAGCUCUUGGCCUUGCCCCUUCACCUUCGUGCGCCUCCAAAGGCUCGUUUUCCUUUCAGUGCACGGACGGUCGUACACGGACAGCCCUGAGUGUUUUCGCCACCCUUGCUUGAGGUCACAUUAACAGUCACUAACUGAGGGGUGAGGCGAGUCCUGCGUAUUCCAGAGGCACAGGGCUCUGGAACUGUAUUAUCUCCUGAAAUGGCUGCCUCCUGUUCUCUCAGCUACUCAUCAUAUUUCCAGAGACAAAACCUUGUCUGUUACCUCAGAAACCCACACUAUGGCAGCCUUAUUUAUGCUGAUGGUCACGGUGAGGUGUGGACAGACUGGAAUAACAUGUCCAAGUUUUCUCAGUACGGAUGGAGAUGCACCACUAAUGAAAACUCGUAUUCAAACCGUACCCUGAUAGGCAACUGGAACCAGGAAAGAUAUGACAUAAAGAAUGUUGUACAGCCCAAACCCUUGCCUUCCCAGUUUGGACACGGCUUCGAAACAACAUACGAUGCAAGCUACAACAGCAAAAAGCCACAAUCAGCACAUAGAUUUAAACGAGAGCCUCAUUGGUUCCCUGGACAUCAACCUGAGCUGGAUCCUCCUCAUUACAAAUGCACAGAAAAGUCAACUUCUAUGAAUAGCUACUCAAAGCCUCAACCCACUCAUUACUCUUGGUGUGUAUAUGACCCGAAAUGAACCAAUCUUAGGACCAGGAAUCUAAGAAAGAAGAUGUAGCUUCAUUUUUUUCUGGAGUAGACUGUAGAAAGGAGCACAUUCUGAGCGGUCUCAAACAUCAUUCUUAAUAUGCUUUCUGACUAAAUAAAAGCACAACGCAC